AUGCCAAAUGGCGAUGUGACUCUUUCACUGACCCGCUACGUCCUGAAGGUGGAUGAGAAUUCAUCCAGAAAUCCUACAAACGUAUCGAAACCACUUGAUCAGAGGGCGCUUCACGAUGAUGGGAACCUUGAAUCCGCGACAGACGUCGAGGCUGAACUUGAAGCACUCGCUGCGGCCGACGAAGAAAGUGUCCUCUUCUUUGCGCCCGAUGCGCCUGAGAUCCCAGACGGGCCAACAUCUCCUCCACCACCUCGAGCAAGGUGGGGAUCGAAUGCUUCGUCGCGGCGCGACCGUUCCGAAAGCCCUCCUGCUUCAUUCUGGGGCACCCUGAAGAGGCAGACUGCGAGGGUGGCUGCACCUGAACGUCCUCCGACCCCACUACCUGCAAAGAAGAGAGAGAGAAUUAUCCUGUCAAGCCACGAGGUUCACUGUGUCGUUUCCUCACGACAUUUGAUGCUCGCAUCAAGGUAUUUCCACACAAUUUUGGGUGGGGAUUUCCCUCAAGCAAUGACCCUCCGAACAGGAGGGCAUGUCGUGAUCCCGCUCCAAGAUGACCUCGACUCGAUGAUCAUCCUACUCAACAUCAUUCAUGGAGCAGGGAGGAAGGUUCCACGUCAAGUCAGCCUCGACGUUCUGAGCAAACUCGCAGUCCUGGUCAGCAAAUUCGAGAUGUUACCGACUGUAGAGUUCUUCUCGGAUACUUGGAUCGACAACCUGCAGAGAGGGGGACUACCCAAGGGCUAUAAUGAGAACGUGCUACCAUUAGUGUUUGUAUUUUGGGUUUUUGAUAGACCGGAUGAGUUCAGAGAUAUGACGAGGCUAGCGCAGCGUGAAAGCACCGAGAAGCUUGAGGAUGAUGUGGGGGAUAUGCCUAUGUUGCAUGGUAUCAUUGAUGCGAUCAAGCGGGACAGAGAAUUUGCCAUCGAGACCGCAAUAACCGUUGUACAAGCUCUCAUCGACAGGUAUAUGGCCGGCCAAGCCAUCUGUGAUAGUGCCCUGGACGACGAGCUCCGCUACGCCUGUGAUUCUAUGGUUUUGGGUUGUUUGAUGUCAAGCUCUCGCAAAAUCGGCAUCUGGCCCAAACCUCUUGCACCUUUCAACGGCAAGAAAUUCAGAGACCUUGUCAAAGCUAUUCGAAGCAUCAGGAUCUUGGAUGUUUGUAACAAGACGAGCAGUAGGAGAUGGAACUCGCAUGGGCCAUCUCCUAAUUGUCAUGGGUUGGAGGACUCGAUUGAAGCGUCGAUGGAAAAUAUAGAGGCCGGGUUGGACGGCUUGAAGUUGGAGGAUUAUCCAAAGUUGAGGUAA